UUUACCCUUCUCUCUAAGUUCUUUCUCUCCACACAACGGACAACAGUCUCUCUCUCAUUCGUCUGCAGCCUGUAGUAACCCUCCUAGCUAGAUGUCGUUCUUCCAUCUCUUCAACCGAAAGAUGGAACCUGCAGCAAGUCGAUGAACCAGCCGGUUCAGCCUUCAGACCAGAGGGAGAGAGAAUCCAGUGCUUGUUGGCAUCGGUGUGCUGUAUAUGUGUAUAUGUGUGUGUGUCUGCCGAGAGAAGAGAGGACUGCCUUCCAGUGUGUGUGUGUCGAAGUGAUAGUGUUUCUUUGCUUGAGCGGGAGAGUGAGUGUGCAAGUUUCUUGCUCUGAAUAGUAGGAGAACGGCAGCUCACUAGUGUGUGUUCAUGUGAAUGGAUGCAUGAGCGUGCGAAGGAGAGUGUGUUUUUCCACAGUGUGUGUGUGUGUCCUCCUCUCUGAGGAGUAGUCAGAGGGCAACUCUCUCCCCCUGGUGGGUGUGUGUGUAGAUGGCAGUAUGUGUGUGUUCUGCCCUGUCCUCCCUUCUCCUGCUCCUGAGCUGUGGUGUAGCGGGAGGAUACCCCUUCAGAGCCCCCAUAGACCUGGAUGUCACCCCCAGGAUCACUGUGACUACCAGCGGUCUGUUGGGCUGCAGGCGUUUCCAGUCCUCAGUAGUGAACUACAGUACUCUGCUACUAGAGGAGGACAUGGGUCUUCUCUACGUGGGGGCCCGAGGGGCCGUGUUCGCUCUCAACGCCACAGACAUCUCAGACAGCACAGCUCGCACUAUUGAAUGGGAAGCCUCGGAGGAGCAGAAGCAGCAGUGUCUGAGCAAAGGGAAAGACGAUAAGACAGAGUGUUAUAACCACAUCAGGUUUCUCCAGAGAUUUAAUUCCACUCAUCUCUACAUGUGUGGGACUCACGCCUUCAAACCUCUUUGUGCGUACAUAGUAAGUAACCUGCAGUACAGUACACAACCUACACACACUCAUAGAAUAAAAAAAUAG